GGGACGCCAGGGGACGGAAGAGGCUACAGAUCAAAGCCAGUGUUUGAGGGGCCCCGAGUGGGGCCCACGGCGCCCGCCCGCACUUGGAUCCGAUCGAUAAAUACGGUCUGGCCCGCCCAUCGCGCGCUCGCGCCGGUCUCGCUUCCCGGCCGGGCAAGCUCUCAGCUCCGGUCUCCACCAGUCCGGCUCCAGCCCCGCCCUUCCUCUCCCACUGGGUACUCGGAGGCCGGACCUGGCCAACCCACUCGGAGCCGCAUACUGUCGGGCCCCUCUACUUCCCCAGCACCGCCCGGCUCAGGCACGCCGAGGGAGCGCAUGGCGGCGGUGGGGCCGCGGACGGACCCCGGCGCCGGGGCCGAGGCGCUGGCACUGGCCGCGGAGCUGCAGGGGGAGACCACCUGCUCCAUAUGCCUGGAGAUGUUCCGCGAGCCGGUGUCCGUCGAGUGCGGUCACAGUUUCUGCCGCUCCUGCAUUGCGCGCUGCUGGGAGCGCCCCGGCGUGGGAGCCCCCGCGGCGUCCAGCCCGCUGCCCUGCCCGCAGUGCCGAGAGCCCGUGCGACCCGGCCAGCUGCGGCCCAACCGGCAGCUGGCCUCGGUGACCACGCUGCUGCGGCGCUUCAGUCUGCCGGCGGCCGCGCCGGGGGAGCGCGGGCCCGCGCAGGCGGCAGCGGCCGGGUGCGUCCAGCACGGCGAACCGCUCAAGCUCUACUGCCAGGACGACGGGCGCGCCAUAUGCGUGGUGUGCGACCGCGCCCGUGAACACCGCUCGCACGCAGUGCUGCCGCUGGACGAGGCUGUGCAGGAAGCGAAGGAACUCCUAGAGUCCAGGCUGAAGGUCUUGAAGAAGGAUCUGGAGGACUAUGAGGUGUUCCGUUCCACGGAAGAGAAGGAGAGCAAGGAGCUUCUGAAGCAGAUGGCAGCUGAGAGAGAGAAGGUGAGCGCAGAGUUCCAGGCACUGCGGGCCUUCCUGGUGGAGCAGGAGGGCAGGCUCUUGGGCCGUCUGGAGGAGCUGUCCCGGGAGGUGACACAGAAGCAGAAUGAGAACAUAGCUCAGCUUGGGGGUGAGAUCACCCAGCUCUCCAAGCUCAGCAGCCAGAUCCAGGAGACAUCUCGAAAGCCUGACCUUGACUUUCUCCAGGAAUUCCGAAACACACUAAGGAGAUGCAACAAUGUGCCUGGCCCCAAGCCAACCACGGUCUCUUCUGAGAUGAAGAAUAAAGUCUGGAAUGUUUCCCUCAAGACCUUUGUCUUAAAGGGGUUGCUCAAGAAGUUCAAAGAGGAUCUUCGGGGAGAGCUGGAGAAAGAGGAGAAAGUGGAGCUGACCCUGGACCCGGACACGGCCAACCCGCGCCUCAUUCUCUCUCUGGAUCUGAAGAGCGUGCGCCUCGGACAGCGGGCGCAGGACGUGCCCUGCCACCCACGCCGCUUUGACACCAACACGCGAGUGCUGGCGUCCUGUGGAUUCUCCUCUGGCCGGCACCACUGGGAGGUGGAAGUGGGCUCCAAGGAUGGCUGGGCCUUCGGCGUGGCGCGGGAGAGCGUGCGUCGCAAGGGCCUCACGCCCUUCACCCCAGAGGAGGGCGUCUGGGCGCUGCAGCUCAACAGCGGCAAGUACUGGGCGGUGACUAGCCCCGAGCGGACGCCCCUCAGCUGUGGCCAGCUGUCCCGCGUGCGGGUGGCCCUGGAUCUGGAGGUGGGGGCCGUGUCCUUCUACGCCGCGGAGGACAUGCGCCACCUGUACACUUUCCGCGUCAAUUUCCACGAGCGCGUGUUCCCCCUUUUCUCCGUCUGCUCCACCGGCACCUACCUGCGAAUCUGGCCUUGAGAGGGCUUCGUCCGCCUGCCCCAGAGGUCAGCUCUGCCUCCAGACACCUGGAUCCAGCCGGCCUGGGGUCUCUACUCAGAAAGGAGUGCUGUACUCCCUCCCAGCUCAGAGAACAGCCUGGGCCAGAACUGGAAGGAGAUUCUUGACCUGUACACGAGACGAAAGCCCAGGACCUGGCUACCUACCAGUACUCCUCAAGCUGAUGAUACAGAAAGAGUGAUAUGUGCAUUCUCAGCCACGACAGCCCUGUGUUCUCACAGAUGCCUGAACCCCUUUCAGAUGCCAAGGUAUAGUCUCCCUUGAGUAAGGAGACCACAGGUUAUGGAAUUUUGAAACACAGAACAGCACUUACGAUUUUACAGACACAACUGCCAUCAGGAGGGGACUGCACAUAGCACAGACAUGCCUCUGACAUACCCUUUCUGGAACUUGGCAAAUGUAUGCCAGCAGCAGUCUGGUGCCAAGGUCUGUUCAGCCUGUGCCCUGGUGGGGUAUUAAUCCCUUGGCUGAUUGUUCCCUAGCUUCUGUUUGGGUGGGCUUUUGGGGAGGGGGUGUUGGGCUGUUCCCCACUUAUUGCUCCCCAGGGAAAAGGGAAGAGGAGAUGGAAAUAUAGACUGAGCUCAUUUCUAGGGUAGCUGAGCUCAUUCUUGACUCCACCAGUCUGAGUGCAAGAGCAUGGCAGAAGCAAAGGUUUCUGCUAGACUGGGUGAGCAGGUGUGUUUAAGUGUGUGAGCGAUGUGUGCACAUGUGUUAAUAUCUUGGAUGGAGGGGGCAGGGGUGUAUGUGUGUGGAUUACAAAGAGGGCAUUUAUCAGCACGUGAAUAAGGUUUAGGUAUUGCAAACAGACCUAUGUCAGUUUGAUAAGACCCUAUUUUUCAUUUGUUGUUAAAUAUUAGCCACGCCAUAUUUAGGUCAGGGGCCUAGAUCUCAUCCCCCACUACCUGGUUACCUGGCUAGAUGAAAGCCAAUCUCAGCCUAUUCUGUCCCGCACAGGUUUAGACAGGUGUGUGGGCACGUAGGGACAGUGACAACUGGAUAGUCUGGUCUGCAAGUGUCAUGGAGUUCCUGUGCUCGUCCCUGAGAGGUUUCAAGCACACUUUGCAUACAACGGUCUUACAGGGCAGGCAUGAUACUGUUCUAGAGGCAGACCCAGUGGACAAAGCACCAGGUAAUCAGAAUCUAGUGAUUUAUGGGCUGGGAACAGGAUCAUGUAAGAGUCCAGCCUACAGGGGUGGCUGAGUCAGUUAAGUGCCUGGCUCCUGACUUCCGCUCAGGUCAUGAUCUCCAGUGGUGAGAUAGAGCCCCUUGUGGGUCUCUGUGCUGGGCGUGGAGCCUGCUUAAGAUUACUCUUUCCCGCUCCAUCUGCACAACUCCCCCCGCCCCCACACCAGCUCAUGCUCUCUCUCUCCAAUAAAUAAAUAAAUCUUAAAAAAAAGAGAGUCCAGGCUACAGUAUUAUUGUCUCAUUCCAGAGGGUGAGUCCUAUGUGGAGAGUAGCUUUAGAACACUAUAGCCAAUGCAUGUAUUUGAAUACCACUAGUUUCCACAAGCAAAACCCAUUUUUAACAUUCACUUCCUAAUUAAAUUGGCUGAUGUUAUCAUCAAGCCCUAAUGGUAUCUGGGCUUGUAUGGGUUUUGCAUUGAGUAGCACAGUUAAAGUCACAUAACAACUGUGCUGCAGGAUAUAUUACAGGUCACAGAAGGGGGUUAUCUGGAGAGAUGCCUAUAGGGCCAGCUCUGGGGACUGCAGGGCUGGCUGGCUGUGUGGGUAUUUCCAGCUUUUGUGUUUGCAAAUGGGAUUGUGUGCCUACUGGAGUAUGUGUAUUUGCAGAGUAACUACACAGACAUCUAUAUAUCUGAAGAAAUAUAACAACAGUUACAAUAACAAUCACAGAUUGGGGAUAAGAGACGCUCUCUUUUGGUCACCAGGGCAGUGUAGUGACUUCGGAUAUCACUCUGCAGGUGUGAGGGUUUGUGUGAUUGUGUGCAUUUUUCUCUCCCAUCCUUUGGGCAUCCCAAGAUCUGGGAGAUGUUUGGGUCUCUGAAAGCAAUGACUGGCUUAACUUGGUUCAUUCAGAUCCCAUCUGUGAAUCCCAGAUCCUUGAGUUGCAUGAGCCAUUUCCCUGAAAACAAAAAAACAAAAACAAAACAAACAAACAAAAAAACCCAACAACAACAGCAGACCAUUACAUGGCUCAGCCUGCAGACUGGAGGGCACCCACAGACCCAAGUCACCUGGCCUUGCAGGGACCAUGGGGCAGGUUGGGC